AUGACUUCCCUAGUCCGCCUGCUGUCGCCCCACUCCGACUGCUCCGAAGCCGGUCCUUCGCGCGCCCCGACUCGCUUCGCUGAUAUCGAUCCAGAAGGUCCAUCAUUAGAGGAUGUUGUGAGACGAGUGCGGGGCGCUCGCCGCAUCGUCGCCGUUGCUGGCGCCGGCGUCUCGACGGCAGCAGCUAUACCCGACUUCCGCUCCUCAAAGGGGCUAUUCUCGGGGUCCAAGGGCACCGGUGUCAAGGAUCUGUUCCACGUCAAGAGCUUGACGUCCCCGGCGUUGUUGGCGAAACACCAUGCGCUCUUGACCGAUUUGUGCGAGCGCGCGAACCGUGCCAGCCCCACUGCGUUUCACGUCCUUCUCGCCAGCCUGGACGGGGAUGGGCGUCUGCUCCGGUGCUACACGCAGAACAUCGACGGAUUGGAGCAGCGCGUGGGGCUCCCGACAGGGCUGCCGCAGCGAUCGUCGAAUCGAGGGAAGCGAAAGGCCAAAGCCACUCGAGCCUCGGGUCAAGUCUCAUCCGCAUCUGGAACGCAGACGCCAGAGGAGACACCGGUUUCGGGCGAAGCGACGCCAUCGUCACCCCCGUCGUUCCCGCCUGCACCCAGGUGCAUCCCGUUGCACGGACUCCUCAGCAAGCUUCGAUGUUCCCUGUGCUCCACCUUUGUCCCCAUCGACGACCAUCUCCCGCUUCCACCAUCGACUAUCCCGUGCCCGACGUGCGAUCUGUCGGCAUCGAUCCGGUCGGCUUUAUCAGAGCGACAGCGCCGAGUCGGAGCCUUGCGUGCGGACGUCGUUUUGUAUGGCGAGGAACAUCCCGAAGGCGAGCUGAUCGGAUCUGUCGUCGGGCGCGAUCUGCGGGGCACGGGUCGAAAGGGGGAGAGGGAAGGCAAGGUUGAUCUGCUCCUUGUUGCUGGUACGACGCUCGCGAUUCCGGGCGUCAAGCGGAUAGUGAAGGAGAUGGCCAAGACCUUGGAGGCGCGUCCGGAUUCUUCGGUCCGAGACGGCAAGGCGCCCCCGAUCCGGACCGUGUUCAUUAACAAUGAACCGCCAGCGAAGCCUGGGGAAUGGGAUGGGAUCUUUGAUGUGUGGGUGCAAGGCGACGUGCAAGAAUUUGCCACGCUCGUCGAGAACAAAGAGUUUGCCCCGCCAGUGACGCCUAAGAAGCCGCGCCCGUCAAAGUCGCACCUCCCUACACCGGAGUCUGUCACCCCGACAAAGAAGCGGAAGGCUGUCGUGGACCAAACGACGCCGACGAAGAAGCAAAGAGUGUUUACGCCGCUCACGCCUGCUUCCACGCCGCAGUCGCGCGUCCAUGACCAGUCCGAGCGCGAGGGUUCUCCGUCACCUUCACCUCGCAGUCCGACGCCCGCACCGAAGCUCCUUCCGCUUGUCAGCUUUUAG